AUGGAAGAAACAGAAGAGAGGGAGGAAAAUGUAGAACCAGAACCAAACAACCCGGAAAAUGAGAAUGAAGAAGAAUGCAACGCUGUGGUGGUGGUGGAGGAGAUCCAAGGACUCAUCGAAUCGGUGGUUCAAUUCGGUGAAUACAGAAGAACACAAAGGAAAGAAUCACACAACCUCGCUCGUCGUUUCAAACACAUGUUGCCUCUUAUGGAAGACCUUCGUGACCUUUGUCAUCCUGCUCCUCGAAAAGGCGUUGUUUGGUUGAAGAACCUCAGAGAUGCGCUUUUCUUCGCUAGGGAAUUGUUGAAAUUGUGUAGCCAAGGAAGCAAAAUUCACCUCGCAUGGGAAGGUGAGAUGGUUAUGAUCAAAUUUCAGAAGGUUUAUGAAAAAUUAAGUCAAGCUUUUGAUGGUGUGCCUUGUGAUGAAUUAGGGAUUUCUGAUGAAGUAAAAGAACAGCUUGAGCUAAUGCACGUGCAACUCAGGAGGGCAAGGAGAAGAACUGAUACACAAGACAUAGAGCUAGCAAUGGAUAUGAUGGUGGUGUUCUCUGAUGAAGAUGAUCGUAAUGCCGAUAGUGCCAUUAUCGAAAGGCUUGCAAAGAAGUUGGAGCUUCGUAGUGUUGAGGAUCUUGAGGUAGAAACAGUGGCUGUUGGAAACCUUGUUAGAGAAAGAAAAGGGAAGCAAAGUGAGAGUACAAAAAAAAUAAUUGACCUUCUUAACAGAUUCAAAAGGACUGCAGGCAUGGAAGAAACCGAUGUUGUCUUUGACGAUGAUCAUGCCAUGCCUAAUAAGAUGCUUGGAAGAAGCACUUCUUUGGUCAUCCCUCAUGAGUUUCUGUGUCCUAUAACACUUGAAAUUAUGUCUGAUCCUGUUAUUAUUGCAAGUGGCCAGACAUAUGAAAGGGAAAGCAUAGAGAAGUGGUUCAAAUCCAAUCACAAAACCUGCCCAAAGACAAGGCAGCCUUUGGAACAUCUUCAGUUAGCACCAAACUGUGCCUUAAGAAAUUUAAUUGCUGAAUGGUGUGAGAACAACAAUUUCAAACUUCCAAAAAUCUGCUCUUCGUGUCAAGAAACCACUCCAACCGAAAACCAAGAAGAAAUUCCAUGUUUGGUUGAAAGCCUAUCGUCAAUCAACUUAGAACAUCAAAGAAAGGCAGUCGAGAGAAUCCGCCUGUUAUCAAAAGAGAAUUCAGAGAACAGAAUUUUAGUCGCCGAAAACGGAGGAAUACCACCAUUAGUACAAAUCCUAUCAUAUCCAGAUUCAAAAAUAAAAGAACAUGCUGUUACAGCACUUUUGAACUUAUCAAUUGAUGAAGCUAACAAAAAACUUAUAUCAAAAGAAGGUGCUAUUCCAGCUAUAAUAGAAGUAUUGGAAAAUGGAAGUAUUGUGGCUAAAGAAAACUCUGCAGCAGCUUUAUUUAGCUUAUCAAUGAUUGAUGAAAAUAAAGAGGUUGUAGGAAUGUCAAAUGGGAUUCCAGCUUUGGUAAAUUUAUUACAAAAUGGAACAGUUAGAGGGAAAAAAGAUGCUGCUACAGCACUUUUUAGCUUAUCAUUAACCCAUGCAAAUAAAGAGAGAGCUAUAAAAGCUGGAAUUGUGACAGCUUUACUUCAAUUGUUAAAGGACAAAAACUUGGGAAUGAUUGAUGAAGCACUUUCUAUUUUGUUGCUACUUGUGUUGACUCCUGAAGGGAGACAUGAGGUUGGACAAUUAUCAUUUAUUGAAACUCUUGUUGAGUUUACUAGAGAAGGGACUCCAAAGAACAAAGAAUGUGCAGCUUCUGUUCUUCUUGAAUUGUGUUCAAGUAAUUCAUCUUUUACUUUGGCAGCACUUCAGUUUGGAGUUUAUGAACAUUUGAUUGAGAUUAAAGAAAGUGGUACAAAUAGAGCACAAAGGAAAGCAAAUGCAAUUUUAGAUCUCAUAAAAAGGAGUGAGCAAAUUUAA